GCCACAUGAAUUUCCAAACAUUGGCCGUUUAGGUGCCGACAUCAACGCUAUAACUUGAGAAUUUCCGCCACUGAAUGGUGUCAGUCGUUAUCUAGUAUGUCAGUAUAUUGCAUAUUUUAUCAACAGUAAUGGUCGCAGCUAAUUGAUUUUUUGUUUGUUUUUAUUUUUAUUUUUUAGUUAAUUAUUUCUAAAAAAAAAUGUGCUAGUAGCAUAUAGCCUAGCUAAACUUUUCGCUGCAGCUGAAGUUCUGGAGGUUCUUAGCUCCCCUUGUAUCUCUCAGUUUUUGACUGCUAGUGUAUCCGGACACGGUUGAUGGGCAAUGAAGCCCUUGAAGCUUCUUUUAGUGGAUGCCUCAGACCAGGGCUCUCAGAGAUGCAGACUAGGUCCGGGCUUGAUGGCCACAAUGGGUCUGAGGCUGGGCUCACCUCUACUGGUCUCUGUUCCCGGGGGAAGCUGUCUGUGCACCGCCUGGCCCCGACCUGACUUGGCAGAGGGCUUUCUACAGAUGGAUCUGAAAUGUUUCACUCCCAGUCUAAUCUCUCAGCUCCCCACCCACCUGGACCUGGACCCGGGCCAGCUCACACCUGUGACAUGUCCCAAAGUGAAAGGUGUUAAAGUAACUGUGGUAGUCCAGAGUAUUUACUUUAAGAAACAUACACCCCCGUCUCUUGUUCACGAGCUUGUCAAAGACAUGCUCAAGGGUGUAUAUGUUCAUAAGGGGUUUGUGAUAAACCUGGAGGAUUUUGACAUGGAGAUCAAAUAUGUUGUUAUUGAUGGCAUCAAUCCAGAUUCUAUCAGUGCUGGAUUUAUCACCUCAAAAACUGGCAUGGAGAUAGCAGGCAUCCAGACAGUACGGCAUUACACAAGUCAGCUACAGGACCAGCACUCUGUGCAACUGGGAGGACUGGAGGAGGUGAGUACAUCCCUGAGAGAGAUGCUGCAGCUACCUUUGCUUUAUCCAAACACCCUGAGCUCUCUUGGGGUAUCCUGUCCCAGGGGUGUGCUCCUGGUGGGGCCUCCAGGAGUGGGCAAGACCCUGUUGGUCCACAGGGUGGUUAGGGAGGUGGGAGCCAGUCUGGUGGUUGUCAGAGGGCCUGAGGUGGUAGGAUCCCGGCCAGGUGAGAGCGAGGAGAUGUUGCGGGCUGUGUUUGAGCGGGCUCGGUCUUCAGCAGAAGAGGGUCCAUGUGUGCUGUUCUUGGAUGAACUGGACUCGCUCUUUCCAAGGAGAACUGGCUCAUCUGCUCCUGAGAACAGGCUGGUGGCUCAGCUUCUCACACUAAUGGAUGGGAUGAAUCAGUCAGAUCGCUUCCUCAUCGUUGGAGCCACCAACAGGCCAGACAGCUUAGACUCAGCACUGCGCAGGCCUGGAAGAUUUGAUAGAGAGGUCAUCAUCGGUGCGCCCACCAUGCAGCAGAGGAAGGCCAUAUUGUCUGUUCUGUGUGAGAGAAUGCCUGUGUGUCCCACUGUGGACAUGGCAGAGCUUGCACGAAGAACUACCGGUUAUGUAGGAGCAGACCUUAGCGCCCUGUGCAGGGAGGCUGCCAUGCAUGCUAUACGGGAAAACACAAAGGGUUCAGGAGAGCAGGUGGUGAAUUUGAAGCACUUCCAGGAAGCCUUAAAGUUGGUGCGCCCCUCCUGCCUGAGGAGCAGCUUGGGCAAGACAGAGCUCUCCCCUGUGCUUUGGGAUCACAUCGGAGGCCUGGAUGAAAUCAAAAUCAAACUACAACAGAGUAUUGAGUGGCCAAUGAGAUAUCCUGAGGCCUUUGUUCGUCUGGGACUGUGUCGGCCCCGUGGUGUGCUUCUCUACGGACCUCCAGGAUGCGCAAAGACAACGCUCGUUAAAGCUGCAGCCACUUCCUCCCACUGUACCUUCCUGUCUGUGAGUGGAGCUGACCUCUACUCUCCCUUUGUUGGGGACUCAGAGAAGGCUUUAACGCAGCUGUUUCGCCAGGCCCGAGCCUGCGCUCCCUGCAUCUUGUUCCUUGAUGAGAUUGACUCGCUAAUCGGCUCGCGGUCGAACAGUCAGACACCUAACAGCGUGCAGACACGUCUACUGUCUGUGCUCUUGAAUGAGAUGGAUGGGAUUGGGCUGAAAACGCUGGAGAGGAGAGGACCAGAGAAGAUCCUCCUAGCAGAGGGAGUACAGGAGGGUCACGCGCAGGAGGAGUUGGACUGCCAGGAAGUAUGUAACAAAGACGUGAUGGUUGUAGCUGCCACAAACAGGCCUGACUGUUUAGACAGUGCCCUCCUCAGGCCUGGCAGGCUCGACCACAUCAUUUAUGUCCCACCGCCUGAUCAACAGGCUCGACUCGCCAUCCUCAAGGUGUGCACAAAGUCUAUGCCCAUCGGUGUUGACGUAUGUUUGGAGGAGCUGGCUGCAAACACUGAACUUUAUUCUGGAGCUGACCUGGAAAAUCUGUGUAAAGAGGCUGCUCUCUUGGCACUGCUGGAUGAAAACAUGGAGGCUUCAGCAAUCGAACGCACACAUUUCCUGCGUUCCCUCAGCAAAAUGAGUCCUUCUCUCACCGCCCAGCAGAUCCACACAUACCAAACACCUCCUAGAUGAUUAUGCAUUGCUGUCUGUUACUUUAUCAUUAUGCAAAUUUAGACUUGAAAUAAAAAUCUGUGAAAUUCA